AUGGGAGGUUCAGUAUUGGGGGGAGGAUUAGAUACUUUGGUUGAUGCUUUGUCAUUUCCAUUACCAUUAGAUAUUUUUUAUAAUAAAUUGAAUCAUAGUGAUACAGAUUUAGCUAAUUAUACAAGUAAAUGUAAGAAAUUGUGUAGUAAUAAUACGUAUUUUAGAAAUAUAACACUUUGUUCAAUAAUUUUACGAUUCUUAGAAGGUACAGAUCGCACGUCAGAUAAAAAAGAAUCUGAUUACGAUGAUUGCUUACUUUUCAAUUAUUGGAUAUACGAUAGAUUAUCUCUAAGAUUUAAUUAUAAUUAUAACCCUAGAGUUUAUCAUGAAUUCGCAGAAAUCCAACAAGUUUGGAAUGAUCUUAUUCAGGAUUCAUCACAGGAAUCUUACUUCGGUAAAUGCAACCCUGAUAACAGUAUAGUUAAUCGGAAUGACUGGAAGCUAAGAAGGGAUUUAUAUGAUUAUUGUGUUAAUUAUGAAUUACUUCAAAAUGAAAUUAAGUUUGAUACAAAAAAUUGCAGAAAGCAUUAUGCAUACAUUAAAGGAAAAGCCCACUUAUAUAAAUAUUUUAAGACACAUUGUACUUCCAAAGAUGAAAAUAUAUGCCAAAAAUUUUAUAGUAAAUGUAUAAAUUACGAUCCAGAUAUUGUUCUUCGUAAUCUUACUUGUUAUGAUGUCAUGCAGAAAGAAGAGGCUGCUGCUGCAAAAGAAAUUUUAUCUGUAGAACCACAGCCACAGUUGGCAGCAGAUGGCGCCUUUUCUCCUGAUGCUUCAAAAUUAAAAGGUGACGGUAAUCACCCAGUAACAAAAACUGGUAACAUACUUCUGGGAGUAGUUGCUACAUCUAUGACUUCUGGUGCUUUAUAUAAAUUUACACCUUUAGGAAGAAUGUUGCGCAAUGGAUUUGGAUGGAACGAUAAUAAUAUGAGAAAUAUACAUGGAGGAGAAUAUGGAUUAUUUGAUUAUGCACCGGAAUCCUUUAAUCCACAUACAGGGGGGAGGUGA